UGUGUGUCACUCCCGUGGAUUGGGAGCCCUUGGGGCCUCUCCGAGUUUUCUUGUUUCUCGCAUUUGACAUUUGUGUGCACUUUCAAACGGAGACGGCUGCUUCAUACUGUAGCUUGACCAGCUUUUGUGGUCGCGGUCCAUCUUUUUGAGGAUUGGUAUUCGACCUGUUUGCCAUACGCGCUCGCAAGAGUUGAUCUUGCGCACAAACAGACACCCAGGGCUCUCGUCUCCUUCCAACGAGUAGUGCUCUCGCUUCAUUUGCGGGCGCAGACGCAUUGAUAUCACCUACUUCUUGCUACGCGUGCAACCGGGCUGCAUUUGUCAACAUGAUACGAGAGGCUCUUCACCGAUAUAUAACGCAGCCCAUUGCGGGUCUUCUGGAGCCAUAUGUACGAAUGGGAUAUGAGGGCCUUACGUCCAACAAAACGCAACGUUUCGCGCUGAAUACUGCGAUAUUUGGUGUCGUGUUUGGGGGGCUUCUGGGAAUGGCUUUGGCGAUUUAUGGACUAUUCUACUGGAUAUAUAUACCGCAGGUCUCUCACGUCAUUCCGGUAUAUAUGCAGUAUGGAGGGCCAGGGGAAAAGAUGCAACCCUCUGCGUACGUGGAUUUCACUGGGGCGAACUCGAGGCAACAGUCUGCAUACCUUACUCCAGAUCAACAUUACGACCUUGCUCUCGAACUUGUCGUACCAGACUCGAACAACAAUUUUGAGCUGGGAAACUUUAUGAUUUAUAUCGAUCUUCAAACAAAGGAUAACAGGACAACGGCAUCGAGCAGUCGCUCGGCCACGUUGGAGUACAGAACUCCAUUGUUAAAAACGAUGCUCACAGUUGUGAAAGGGGUGCCACUGGUUUUGGGGCUGACAAGUGAGGCUCAGACGGUCAAAGUUCUACUGUUGGAAAAGUACGAGGAGAGCGAGGCAUAUCCAAUUCACCAUGCUCUGAUCCGACUGUCAGAUAAUCGCUUGCAACUAUACCAAACUAAACUUCACGUCGAUGCCAACUUCCAAGGUCUGCGAUUCUUCAUGUAUCAUUGGCGCGCCACCACCGCUGCAGUAUUUGUCAGCGUCUUCAUGUUCUGGGAGACAGUCUUUGCGUUUACGCUCUGGAGGCUUUUCUUGUCCCUCUUCAAGCAACGAGCGGACACCGCGAGCGGAGAAGAAAUUGAUUUGAACGGUACCAGCGAAAAACUCGGGGCAGAUAUGGAGGAUGUGGAGCGAUUUAGCGCGGAUAAGGCAAGCGAUGAGGACGACAGGAUCUAUGUUCCCCGCAGCGUGGUAGGGCAAGCAACCCAUCUCCCAUCUUCACCCCGGUCCAUGUCUUCUGCCCCAUCAUACCACUCUGGAGCAGUCCCUAUGGGCUCACCUCCCCAAUAUGCAGCCAGCCCUCCAGGCUUUGAAGAUCGUGGGAGAACAUCACCCAUACGACUCCAUACAGGAUCACCCUACUCGUCGGCUUAUUCUUACGCCUUCCCAUUCAGCAGCGCUGGAGGGUUGAAUGGCCCGGCAGGUGCAGGGAUGUUACCUUUUACGGGGUACUCUUCCGUCUCAGCAUUACGCGCGGCUGCAGUGACGGCUGCAACAUCUACUGGAUCUGGUGUGUAUACUGCUCCCCCACCAGCACACUAUAUGCCCCAACCGUCGCCUUCCAUCCAACCUCAACGUGCACCGACUCCAAGCACGACGGCCGAAGCCGUUGCUCACAACACGCUUCUCAGCCCCGUGCUUUUAAGCCCAGAACUCCAGACCCUAGCCGCCUUACGGGACGCUAACCCCGGUAUGAGGGAAUCGUAUCCACCUGGCCUCAGAUAUAGACGCAGGACACCCGAUGGCCGCUACGAGACCAUUGAGAAAAUUGGUGACGUGGAUCCGGAGGACAUUGUACGAGGAGUCGUUGUGCGUCUGGAUGAUGCGGAAAUGGAGCAGACAGUUCCUAUUAUCUCUGCUGCUGCCGAAGGUGGGGAGCAUCGCAGCGAAUCGGGUGUGGUGCCUGUUGGAGGUGAGCCGAGCAGGGUCGACGAUGAGAUGGUGUCCUCAGACCUCCCGAGGGAAUGGUGUGUUGUUUCCGACGAGGAAAAGGAUGCGUGAUCAAAGUAUUCUUCUUAUGUAUCAUAUUGCUUUGUAUUUCUGUGUAUGCUUUAUUUUUUGGUACAGGCUGGGUUGGGUACUUGCAAAAUAUAUUAUUCUGCUUUAUGGUUGCAGUUCUUUGAUAUAGUAUAA